GUUCGUGAAGACCCCCUUGGAUGACCUGGAUGUGACUCACUAUACACUCUCAGUAUCAGAAUGGGAAAGUCUUUCUGAGUUCCCAUGUGUCAGUCAAUUGCAACAACUGAAUUUGCAAAAUGUCAUAUUGACUGAUCUAAGUUCCGAACCCCUCCGAGUUCUAUUAGUAAAAGCUGGACCCACCCUGGUGACCCUGGACUUAGAGGACUGUCAAAUUGAGGAUCAAUAUCUCUAUGACAUCCUACCUGCCCUGAGCAGUUGUCUUCAGCUCACCAAGUUCAGCUUCUAUGGGAAUCAAAUCUCCAUGCAUGCCCUGAGGCACCUACUAGACCAUACUGCCAGCUUGAGAAAGCUAAGGAUGGAGCUGUACCCUGUUCCUCAGGAGAGCUAUGACUACAAUGGUACUCUCCUGGUGGAACUCAUGAGAGAAUAUUGUGAGGAGCUUAUGGAUAGUCUGAAAGCCAUUAGGGAGCCAGGGAAGGUCUUCUUUGGUACUGAACGCUGCGAUGAUUGUGACAAUCGGUAUAUCUACAACAAAACAACAUUGUGUGAGUGUCAGAGUUUUUACUAG